AUGCAGAGACGCACCGCAACUCACCGCUCCUCUUCAUCUCCUCCCCAUCGAUCACCGGCAUACCCUUCCUCCCACCACCCACUUAGCCAGUCAUUCCAUCAUCGUUUACUUACGCUCUCUCUCAUGCUGGCCGAAAUCAAAGUAAAAUGGGGGAAGGAGGACCUCACGAUGGAGGUGGACCUCGGCAGCACGGUGGGCGCCCUCAAGGAGGCGCUCAAAGCGAAAACCGGAGUGCCGGUGGAGAAGCAGAAACUCAUGGGCCUUAAGCCCGCCACGAGCAAAGAUGACGCUACACUGAGCGCCGCUGGCCUCGCGCCUGGCAAGACGGUCAUGUUGAUUGGGUCAGCAGAGAGCGCUGUGGCGGUGCCCACAGUACAGGCGGCCGCUGGAGAGGCGAACAAGACCGGCGGCUUCACCGAGACUACGACCACCUCGAAUGGUUUGAGAAAUAUCGCCAACACGUGCUACCUGAACUCGGCGCUGCAGAUGCUGCGCACCAUUCCGGAGAUUCGCGAAGUGCUCGAGGCGUACCGUGGCGACAACGCACUUCUGCGCCAGCUCAGUGCCGUGCUGCAGUCGUUAGAGAGCACCAAGGAGGCGGUGAUGCCGCUGCAGCUCUGGACGACGCUGGUGCAGACCAAUCCAACGUUUGGUGAGCGCGACGAGCAUGGCGGUUUCAUGCAGCAGGACUCGCAGGAGGUGCUCAACGUGCUGCUCCAGGCUGUAAACUCUGUUCUACCCGAGAAGUACGCGCAUCUCUUUGAAGGCAAGAUGCACCAGACCCUCACCUGUGUUGACGACCCGACUGACAAGGGCAAGGAGUCCGAGGUGCCCUUCACGAUGCUGUCCUGCAACAUCACGGGCGAGGUGCAGACGCUGGAGGCGGGGCUCGAGCAUGCCUUCGACGAGCGCUUCACUGCACCUUGCGAGGCACUGCAGAAGGACGCCGCCCAAUUCACUCGCGUCAGCAAACUGAGCGAAGCGCCGGAGUACGUCUUUGUGCACCUGGUCCGCUUCUCCUGGCGCGUGGACAUCCAGAAGAAGGCGAAGAUUCUCAAGCCCAUCACGUUCCCCUUCAUCCUCGACACCGCCAUUGUCUCCACCGAAGCGCUCAAGGCCUCAGAGAAACCGGUGCGCGAGAUUCUCCAAGAGCGGCGCGACAAGGAGUUGGAGCGGCGCCGCCGCCCUCGAGCGGAAAGGGAGUCGUCGCCAGCGGACACACCGGAGCAGGAGAAGGUGCCCCUCAUCCUCAAGAACGAGAGCGGUUACUAUGAGCUGUGCGGCGUCAUCUCGCACAAGGGCCGCAGCGCAGAUGGAGGCCACUAUGUGUAUUGGGGUAGGAAGGCAGACGCGUGGCUUGUCUACGACGACGAGAACGUGGCGGCUGUCUCGAAGGAGGACGUGAGGCGGCUGCGCGGUGCCGGGGAAGCGCACAUCGCCUACGUCCUGCUCUAUCGCAGUCGCUGCCCCCUCACACGAGCGCCGGUUAUUCCGCUUUAG